GAUCGCUAUAGGGCACAGUCGUAUGUCAAUGGUUUAAGGAACAGCAGUAACAUCAGGCAGGAUUUAGGCUACCACCUGCCUAGCCAGUUGUAGCUCAAUCUUGGGUGUGUUGAUAAAAGGAUAUGUAGAAGGGUGAGCCGGUUAAGGAUCGAUUCAGACAAGGUGGUAGAUUGUACGACAGGUUUAUUCAGAGUAAAGAUAUCUGGUACAGCGUAUAUACGGGCCCCUCUGUUAGCUCAUCAGAGACUAGCAGAAAGGAACCUUGCUAACAGGGAGUUGUGGCCGAACUGCCGGCUAGCACCUGUGGCUAGGAGUAUCCUGUUGUGACAGUGUUCUGGAUGAUCUAAGUGUGAACCCUUUCCUGUGGAGAGACCACUGUUUCUCAGAACCCCCUGUUUGUUUUUCUACGAAGGAGAAAGGCCCUAACAUGGCAUUGGUCUUCAGCUUGUCCACUCUCAUGUUUCUCAUCACUGGGACUGAGACAUGCAAAAGUCUAAGUCAGGGCCCAGAGUUGAAGCAGGUCAUCCAGGUGGACUCUGGGAAGGAUGCAGUCCUAGAGUGCUCUGUGAACUUCAAUGGGAUAUCUCCUGGUAAUGUAAACAUAGAGAAGGUCGUGUGGUGGAGGCUGGACCAGAAUGGUCUUCACAGAGGUGGACCUGUGUUCAUAUACAACCUAUCCAAUCAACAAUCAUCCAAUCCCAGGAUGCCACUGAGCCCAAAAUAUCAGCUUCCCAUACCACCUGCCAAUGAGAAAGACAAAGUUGUGUCCCUGUUGGUCAAAGAAACCCAGCCUGAAGACGAGGGUCUGUAUAGGUGUGUGGUGAACACUAACAGUGGAAACACAAAUUGUAACUUCAUGCUGAAUGUCACAGUGUUACAGUACGACACCAGCACUGAAAAUGCUGCGAAUCAACAGGAGAUUCCAAAGAACAGUUACAUGAAUGUGGCUGCUGUAUGUGUGGUAGUAGGCUCUCUUGCCAUUGGACUGCUGCUUCUCAAGCUGUUUCAAGCCAGAAGACUCAGACAAGGCGGGACGGCCAAGGGUACUCUGUACGGAGAACCAUCCGCCCCCCUUAGACGGUGCCAGCAGCCGCUCCUCUUCCCCAAAAACAAUGAGACAGACGAGGUCAUCACCUCCAUCAACGUUCCUUUAGGGGUUGAGGAGUGCCAGCAGGCAAGCAAUGGAGACUGCCCCGAGGAACCUGAAGAGAAGGAGCAGAAGGAGGAGGCACCACAGCCCUCUGCCCCCUCGGGAGCUGCCGCCAACGCAGCCGCCCCCUCCGGCCGAAGAAACCCCCCAGGGGGCAUGUCCAGCCUCAUCCUGGGUUGAGGUCUGGUUUUGUUGGAACGUUUUUAUUUUUGAAAGAAUUGCCCCCAUUUCCCCCUUCCCCACCUCAGUCCCACUGUUCUUCCCCACUGUCUAAUACAAUCCACCACGUCCCCUCUGAGCCAUGGAAUUUUCCCCCCUACCUGCCAACCCCCUCAUGUUUUUACUUUUUUUUCUAAUUAAAGAGAACCGUUGACAGAAGCACUUUAUGUAUCUCUUUUUCCCCUCCCCCCAUGUCAGUCCAUUCUGUAGUGUGCCUAUAUUGCGCCUGAUGAAAAAGGCAUGUUUUUGCUUGUCUCAUUCUCGCCCUGUUGCAAAUGUUAAAGAAAAGUAUUAAAAAAAGAUUUGUUGCGUGAAUUUCUAAAUACAAUAAAGAUUGAUAUGAAUUUGUU